UGUUUCACUGUCCCUUUUCAUUUUAUGAUCACUCAGCUGUGGGUUUUUGGGUGACACGGAAUUUCCACAGUAAAAUCUAUCAUCACUGGGCAGAAACUGUCAUCUCUGUGUCAAUAAUUCAGUUCAGAUUGAGUAACAGAAAUGAGCAAAGAGAGUUCUAAUUAUAUUUGAUGAUCAUUGAUGAAAAUAAAAUUACCCAAUUAUUAUCUGAGUACGUUGUUAUUAGUACAAGAGGCACACCUUUAUUUUUUUUAAAUGUGCAUUAUUGGUGAGGAUAAAUAGCAGCUGAGUAUUCAGUCGGCAUCACUGAUACUGAAAAGACAGGUCAAAAUGCUGCGCUGCACUCCAAUCCCGCUGCUUUUGGCACUGGUGACACUGGUGAUUUCACAGGAUCCUACAGUGACUGAGCCCAGCUGCCCAACUAACCAGCAGUUGUACCAGUGUAAGCCCUGCCCGGAGCUUUGUGGGAACGUGCCCAAUAACUGCACCAAGAUCUGUGAACCCGGCUGUUCCUGCAGUCCUGGAUAUGUGAAGCAGACCCGCGACUCCAUUGAGUGUAUCCCACAAGAAAAAUGUAUCACCUGCCAAGGGCUGCAAGUCUUUUCUGCCUGCAGAGGGCACUGCCCACCCAGCUGCGAGGCAAAGCCAUGCACUCUAAUAUGCCGGCCUGGGUGUAUCUGCAAAGAAGGGUAUUUGUGGCACAAUGGAACGUGUAUCCCUGAGUCACAAUGUCUGAUCUCCACUGUCCCGCUGUGACUCAUCUAUCAUGUGUUGCUUGGCAUGUUGUAAUAAAUAAAAAAUAAAAUGCUUUAUUUACAAAACGGGCUGAUAUUGGGCUCUUAAUUACAGAACAAGAAAAGUCAUUAUUGGGGGGCAAUUUGAAAGGACCCCCCAGGAUAUUUAAGUGCUAACUUCGGAGCCUUUCUUUGCCGAAAAACCCAUUAGGAUACAUGUACGGAACCUGUUAUCCAGAAUGCUCGUGCCUGGGGUUUUCCAGAUAACAGGUG